AUGUUCUGUCUAUGGUUAUUAGUUGAAGAUGGAUUCAUUAGUUAUGGAGAUACUAUAGUUGCUUCAAAUCCUUUUGAUGACACCCCGCCACCACAAGUGAUGAACACAAAUCAUAUGAAUAGACAAAUGAUGAAUUCUAGACCCAUGAUGUCUGGUAGUCCUUGUCACCAAAUGGGUGGCUCACCUAUGAAUUGUGGUCCACCUAUGGGUAGCCCAAUGGGUGGACCUUGUGGUAGUAGCCCACAUAGAAAUCCUAUGGUAUGUGGACCCCCUAUGAUGAGUUGUGGUGCACCAGGAAACAGUCCACAUGCAUUAUCUAUGAAUCGAAGUCCUUCUGCUAUGGGCAGUCCACAUAUGGUGCCAAAUAUGCGUGGCAACAGCCCUAUGGAAUGUGCUGCCAUGGUAAAACCAUCUCUGAAUUGUGCUUCACCUAUGGGUAGUCCCAUACCUCAAAAUACCAAUAUGAAUAUCCAUCCACCAAUGUCUAGUCCCAUGACAAUGGGUCCUUCACCACUUAAUGGUCAUCCUAACUCAGGUCCUGGUGGUAGUCCCAUGAUGAUGGGUCGAGGGGGUCCUUCACCUUUAACAAAUAGUCCAAUGUCUAUGAAUAUGCCAGUUAGUUCAGCAGACAUGAAUGAUAUGAGUCCACACAUGUCAGUAGACAAUAACGGAUGUCCAGUACGUGGGCCUCCGUGUCCAGGAUCCAACAACAUGACAUCUGUUUCCAUGGCUUGUAGGCAACCAAUGUCAAAUCAGCAGUGCAAUAGUAUGCCAGGGCCUAAUAAUAUGAUGAACUGUCCAAGAGGCAUGCCUUGUCCCCAAAUGAUGCGAGGUCCACCUCAACCUUCUGAACAACAUAGACUUAUGCCCCCAAUGAUGCAUCAUUCUCAAAUACCUAAUAGUCAACAACCAGGUGGAUAUGGACCUGGACCUAAUUCUAAGCCAAUGCCAGUAUCUGCUGGAAAGAUAUACCCUCAUGAUCAACCAAUGGUGUUCAAUCCACAAAAUCCAAAUGCCCCACCAAUUUAUCCUUGUGGUAACUGUCAUAAAGAAGUUCAUGACAAUGAUCAAGCUGUUUUAUGUGAAUCUGGUUGUAAUUUUUGGUUUCAUAGGGUUUGUACAGGCUUGAUGGAGCCUGCAUUCCAGUUACUUACUGCUGAAGUAUACGCUGAGUGGGUGUGUGACAAAUGUCUACAAACAAAAAAUAUACCCUUGAUUGUUCAGUGAAUAUUUGUACAUCUAGAGCAAUUAGCAGAACAAUCAGUUUGUCUUUUUUCUGGAAUAUAAAUGUCAUCAAGUUCCAAGCACCGUUUAUUACUAUAUUCAACUGAUCAUAUUGAAUGGUGUAUUUUUAAAAACUUCAAGUACA